UGAGGAGGGGGUAGGGAUUACUAGUGUAGAGCAGCUGUGGCUCACACCUCCUGACAGCUGCUGGGCUGCAGUUCCUAGGACGCGUUUUAAAGCGGUGUCGCCCUCUGGUUCACAAAGCUACUCGGUUGUUUUGUCGUGACGCCGCUCCCUUCUUUCAGCAAACUGUUUUCCCACUUUUUAGAUCUUGCAUCGAGUAUAUCUGAGGCAAUCUGUAAUAGGGGGAAUCGAGUGAGCCAUGGCCUUCCUAGGAGGCGCUGUUCGGCGGGUGGUGUCAGCAGUGCGACCUCCUCUUUCUCCCUUGUGCCAUAGAAAUGCUCGGUUCUACAGUUCAGAGCCCACCAAGGAAAAAAGUGUUCCCUAUGAGAAGACCCUCAAACCAGAGGAUGGAGCCUCUUGUGGGCCCACUAAACCUUUACCCAGGUCAGCGGAUGUGGUGGUGAUCGGAGGAGGCAGUCUGGGCUGUCAGACCAUCUACCACCUGGCUAAAAUGGGUAUGACCAAUGUAGUUCUGCUGGAGAGAGACAGACUCACUGCUGGCACCACCUGGCACACUGCAGGCCUGCUGUGGCAGCUCCGUCCCAGUGAUGUUGAGGUGGAGCUGUUGGCACACACCAGGAAUGUGGUCAGCAAAGAUCUGGAGGAGGAGACGGGUCUCCACACCGGCUGGAUCCAGAAUGGAGGACUCUUCAUUGCCUCCAACAAGCAGAGACUGGAUGAGUACAAGCGCCUCAUGUCGCUGGGUAAAGUUUAUGGUAUUGAGUCCCAUGUCCUGUCGCCUGCGGAGACCAAGGAUCUGUAUCCUCUGAUGAAUGUUGAUGAUCUGUAUGGAACUCUGUAUGUACCUAAAGAUGGCACCAUGGACCCAGCAGGCACCUGUACCACUCUGACCAGAGCUGCUUCCUCUAGGGGAGCCAUGGUGAUCGAGAACUGCCCUGUGACUGGUAUUAAAGUGCAGACAGACGACCUCGGUGUGAAGACGGUGAAGGCAGUGGAGACCCCGCAUGGGACCAUUGAGACGUCUUGUGUGGUGAACUGUGCAGGUGUAUGGGCUACCCAGCUGGGGGAAAUGGCUGGAGUUAAGGUUCCUCUCAUCGCUAUGCAUCAUGCCUAUGUGGUGACAGAGAGAAUUGAAGGCAUACAGAACAUGCCAAAUGUCAGAGACCAUGAUGCAUCAGUGUACCUGCGCCUCCAAGGUGACGCCCUGUCUGUCGGUGGUUAUGAACACAACCCCAUCUUCUGGGAGGAGGUAUCUGAUAAGUUUGCCUUCAGCUUGUUUGACCUGGACUGGGAUGUAUUCAUGCAGCAUAUUGAGGGUGCAAUCAAUAGAGUUCCUGCUUUGGAGCAGACCGGCAUCAAGUCCACUGUUUGUGGACCAGCAUCAUUCACAGCAGACCAUAAACCUCUGAUGGGAGAAGCACCAGAGGUCAGAGGUUUCUUCCUGGGCUGUGGCUUCAACAGUGCUGGUAUGAUGCUGGGAGGUGGUUGUGGUAGGGAGCUGGCUCACUGGAUCAUACAUGGCCGUCCUGAAAAGGACAUGUAUGGAUAUGAUAUCAGGCGAUUCCAUAACUCACUGACAGACAACAAACGCUGGAUCAGAGAGCGAAGCCACGAGUCGUAUGCUAAGAACUAUUCUGUGGUGUUCCCCUUUGAUGAGCCGCUGGCCAGCCGAAACAUGAGGAAAGACCCUUUCCAUCAGGUUCUGACAGAGCAGGGCUGUGUGUUCCAGGAGAGGCAUGGCUGGGAAAGGCCUGGCUGGUUCAACAAAGAUGGGCCUGCUCCUGUUAAAGACUAUGAUUACUAUGGGGCUUAUGAAAUGAGGAAGAAUGUAAACUACAAAUACAAGGAAUUGCUGGGCAAAGAGUACACCUUUGACUUCCCUCCACAUCAUGACGCGAUUAAGAAUGAGUGCCUGUCAUGCAGACACGGUGUGGCUGUGUUUAACAUGUCUUACUUCGGAAAGUUCUAUCUCACCGGACCUGAUGCCAAGAAGGGGGCUGACUGGCUGUUCACUGCUGAUGUCAACAAGAAGCCAGGCUCCACUGUGUAUACUUGCAUGCUGAAUAAGAGAGGGGGAGUAGAGGCUGACCUGACAGUGAGCAGACUGGAGCCUGGUGCUGGCAACCUGCCCCUGGCACCGGAAUCCAACGGUGAUGCAUACUACCUGGCCAUUGGAGGCGGUAUAGCGGAACACAGCUGGAACCACAUUAGAUCGGUUCUUCAGGACCAAGGCUUCCGCUGCCAGCUGACAGACUACUCUGAGGACAUGGGGAUGAUUAGCAUUCAGGGACCCAAGAGUCGAGAGGUACUUCAGGAGGUGUUGGACACAGACCUGAGCGAUGAAGCUUUCCCCUUCUCUACCCACAAAGUUGUCAGUGCAGCAGGACAUAAGGUGCGAGCCAUCCGCCUGUCAUUUGUCGGAGAGCUCGGCUGGGAACUGCACAUUCCCAGAAACUCCUGCCUUCCAGUCUACUAUGCUGUCAUGGCUGCUGGUGCAAAGCAUGGUAUCAUCAACUCAGGCUACAGGGCCAUUGACUCACUCAGCAUUGAGAAAGGGUACAGACAUUGGCACGCUGACCUUCGCCCUGAUGACACACCCCUGGAGGCAGGGUUAGCGUUCACCUGCAAGCUGAAGAGUUCCCUCCUAUUCCAGGGUCGUGAUAGGCUGGAGAAACAGAAGAAGGAGGGGCUGACUAGGCGCAUCGUCUGCUUCACCACUGAUGAGAAAGUGCCGUUGUUCGGACUGGAGGCCAUUUUCCGUAACGGGAUUCCUAUCGGUCACCUCCGGCGUGCUGACUAUGGCUUCUUUAUCGACAAAACUAUUGGUUAUGGAUAUAUCCAUAACCCCGAUGCAGGAACAGUGAGUGCCGAUUUCAUUAAGAGUGGUGAGUUUACUCUGGAGAGGAUGGGAGUGACAUACAAGGCAAAGGCCCACCUUAAAUCUCCCUUUGACCCUGAGAACAAACGCGUUAAGGGCAUCUAUACUUGAAGGACCACGUGGCCAAAACCUGAAGCAGACACACACUGGUGCAGCUGUUUUAGACUUUACCUCAGUCAGAUAUGAGGAAUCGCACAUCUGUGAUUUGGUGGAACAUGCUGUAUGCUCAUUUAAAAGUUCUGCCUUUUAUGAAUGUCCUAAAAUAUGUAUCAUGACAACAAAGAGGUGCUGAAUUGACUUUGAUAUGAAUGUUUUGUUAAGAAAGCUUCAUAGCUCCACAUUUUUAUACCAGCUUUGGCUUUUAGAGUAACAGUGUUCCCUAUCAAAUGCUCCUGUGUGAGCAGAAGUGGAACAGUUAGUCUUGUUUCCAGUAAUCAAGAGUCUUAAUGAAGAGCUACUGUAGCAGCCAGCAUAGCAGUAAGCCAGAGGAUUCAUUACCAUGAUUCUAGGUGUAAUGAUUUAUAUGAAGCACACUGCUGUCAUCUGUGUAACUAAAGUACUGAUAUAAUAGGAGUAAAAGUAACGUCUCAGUUGACCAGGGCAUUUCUGUGCUUUAGCUCAGGAGAAAAG